AUGAGGAAGGCUGUGAAAGAAGUAAUUGAAAAACGCAUGACAUUUCGUAAUGCCUGUAUUGAAUUUUAUGUAUCUAAAAGCACUCUAGAAAGAAAGAUUAAACAAAAGAACUUUGAUCCUAGUUAUGACACUGGGAACAAAGUGGCAUUAGGACCAAUAUCUAAAGUGUUUUCAACUGCUGAAGAAACUGAGCUGGUAUCCUAUCUUCAACUUAUGGAAGGACGUUUAUUUGGACUAACGUCAAUAGAUUUACGAAAGAUUGCAUAUCAGCUAUACAUGUUUUGGAUUGUUUAG